AUGGCUGUCCGAGACGUCGCGUCCUUGAACCGUAUGAUCACAGGCUUCAUCAGGGACGGCCUUGCUGAUCGGGCCCGUGCUGUCUACAGGUGGAUGGUCGCUUCAGGCAUCAGGGAGACCCCUCAUACCUUCUCUACAAUCCUGGGAGUGUGCAGCACUUACGAGGCACUGCAACUCCAUGGCCGGGUGCUGGCCCUAGGCUUGUGUUGCAAUCCAUUUGUUGGAUCUGCGCUUGUUAAUCACUAUAUGCAUGUCGAAUCACCACAUGCUGCCCUCUCAUUGUUCCGGGAACUGCCGCUGCAGAACACAGCCAUGUGCAAUGUGGUACUGCGUGGCUUGGGCAACCUGAAGCUGACUGAAGAACUUAUCUGCUGCUUUCUUGAUAUGAGACGGCAGUAUUUGGAGCUGAAUGGCUUAUCCUAUUGUUAUGCCAUGAAAGGGUGCUAUCAAAAUGGUGAAUGGCUAGAACAAGGCAGGCAACUCCAUGGAGUUGUUCUCAAGGCUGGGUGGAUUCCAUCCAACAUUUUCCUGUCAAAUUCUCUUGUAGAUCUUUACUCUGCAAUUGGAGAUUCAGUGGACACAGUGAAGGCACUGAAUGAUAUCCUGUCUGAGGAUGUCAUCUCAUGGAACUCCAUUUUAUCAAUGUACGCUGACAGAGGACAUAUGAAGGAAGCAGUUUAUUACUUGAAACAGAUGCUUUGGCAUGGCAAGAUGCCUUCAGUUCGCUCAUUUGUUUCGCUCCUUGCUUUGUCUGGCAAAACGGGGGACUGGCAACUCGGAGUUCAGAUACAUGGCAUUGUUCAUAAGCUUGGAUUCAGUUGUAGUAGUGUGCAUGUUCAGACUACGCUCAUUGAUAUGUAUGGGAAGUGUUGCUGUUUUGAUCAUUCAUUAGCAAUAUUCAAUGAAAUUCCAAGUAUUGCACUGGAGUGCUGCAAUUCGCUGAUCACAUCAUCGCUUGGCUGCAACAUGUUUGAUGCUGCUUUAGAGAUAUUGCAUUGUAUGAUUGUAGAGGGAGUGACACCUGAUGAUGUGACUUUCUCUGCAACUAUGAAAGCCAUAUCUUUGUCAGCUUCACCAAGUUUAACCAGUUGUCAAAUGCUACAUUCUUGUCUUGUUAAAUUGGGAUUUGAAAUGGACAUGGCUGUGUGCUCCUCCUUGAUCACUGCUUAUGCCUGCGCUGGUCAACUGAGCAGUUCACACUUGAUAUUUGAAGGAUUGUUGGAUCCAAAUGUGAUAUGCUUCACUGCUAUAAUAUCUGCCUGUGCUCGAUAUGGAGAUGGAGCACGAGCAAUGGAGCUAUUCGAUCAGAUGGUUUCUAGUGGCCUGAAGCCUGACAAUGUUACCUUUCUGUGUGCAAUUGCAGGAUGUGAUCAGGCAGGAAUGUUUGAAGAAGGACGGCUGGUGAUUGAACUCAUGAGAGCUAGCCGUGAGCUGGAUCCUGAUGAAAGACAUUUUGCUUGUAUGGUCAACCUUCUCAGUCGAGAUGGUUUUGUGAAGGAAGCAAUGGAAAUGAUGGAACAGUCCCCAUUGAGACACUACACCAAGGCAUGGAGCUCACUUCUUCAGAGCUGCAAAGCACAUGGUGAAAAUGUGCUGGGAAAGAGAGCUGCCAACAUGCUGAUAGAUGUAGGGAGAAAAGAUCCAGCCACCACUUUGCAGGUAUCAAAUUUUUUCAAUGAUAUUGGGGACAGAGAAACUGCUUUAAGGAUUAAAGAGAUGACAAAUGUGAAGGAAGUGAAGAAGAGCGGUCACAGCUUAAUUGAGAUUCCAGAACGGACAGAGCCGUGGAUUAGGAAUCCUCUCCUCUUCCCCACUCCCACUUCAGCCCACCACCACUUCCACUUCCCCUUCCCCUUCCUUUUCCCUACUCUUCUCCCUUGCAUCUCGAGCUGGUGGCUGGCUACUCCGCUCCUCUCCCCGCUCCUCCCCUUCGUGAUCUCCUCACUGCCGGAGUUUUCUCUCUUCUCCGCCUCGCUGCAAGGGAGAGCUGAAAUUAUCUCGCGGGGAAGACCAGGGCAGGGGAAAGGUUCAGGAGGGGAUUAG